GCUGUGAGCAGGACUGCCCGGGUGACUGUGGGGGUGGGAGUGUGUGUGUGUGUUCUGCAGGGCUGGGGAGGGAGCAGGCAGCUCCUGAGGUGAGAACGCCGAGUGGGAGAGUGGGAGGAUCUCAUUCCAAUCCCCUGUGCCCGGUUUCAACACACACUCCGCAGAGCACAUCUUGAGGAGUUUAGAGCCAGUCCUCUGCAACAUAGAGAGACGGAGAGACAGAGAGGGGGGGAAAUGGUGUGUGUGCGCGCGCAAGUGUGUGUCUGUGUUUGAGAGUGAGACCAGUACGUUUGUUGUUUUUCGUGUCGUGCGAGCGCAGAGUAUCGUGUGUGUGUGUGUGUGUCUGUGCGACAGCGUGUGCGGGAGUGUGUGACUGUGGACUAGUGUGUGUGUGUGUGUGUGUGUGACAGAGUGCUGGCGUGUGAUGGCUCUUUUGCAUUAUACACUUGUACAGACUGGAGAGUUGGAGGCAGUUCUUUUGUAGGACUCACAGGGAAUGGCAAACUACACAGUAACCCUGGAAACCUAUCUCUAAUGACAAUGGCUGAGGCGAUCUGCUGCACCUUGGUGAACUGUACCUGUGAUAGUUUCAAACCUGGGAAGCUGAAGAGGAGACUGUGUGAGCACUGCAAACAUGGAUGGGUGGCGCAUGCCCUGAGCAAGCUAAAGGUGCACCACAUGUACCAGAGCAGCCAGGUGGAGAUCGUCCACUCCAACGUGGUCUUCGACAUCUGCAGCCUGAUGCUCUACGGAACACAGGCCAUCCCGGUCAGGCUAAAGAUACUACUGGACCGGCUGUUCAGUGUUCUGAAACAAGAGGAGGUCAUCCAGAUCCUCAACGCACUUGACUGGACCCUGCAGGACUACAUCAGAGGAUACGUUCUACAGGACAUUGCGGGGAAGGUGUUGGACCGCUGGGCCAUCAUGACAUUCGAGGAGGAGAUUGCCACACUACAGCAGUUCCUCCGCUUCGGCGAGACCAAGUCGAUAGUUGAGCUGAUGGCCCUGCAGGACAAGGAGGGCCAGGCCGUGCUGGUGCCCAGUACCCGCACUAACUCAGACAUACGCACAUUCAUUGAGCGCAGCACCCCCCGCACCACCACGGCCAACAGCGCCCUGACCCCCAAAGUGGAGAAGUUGAGCUCGUCUAACGUGCAUCACUUUGAGAACUUCAUUAAUAGCAUGGCAUUCAUGCUGCCAUUUCAGUUGCUGGGCUCUGUUCCAGCGCCACUCCUCGGGCUGCCAUUGGGGACACAGCAGCAGCCGGGGGGGCAGAUGGAACAGGGCCAGGGACAAAGACACGGGGAUGAGAACCCCAACCCCCUUCCUGGGCCGCCGCCUACUGAGAGCAGUCUGGUGGGCUCUAGCUCUGCAUCCUUCACCUCUGACCUGGAUAGGGGUGGAGAAAACCCCGUGGACGGUCUGUCGGCCACGCCCAAGAUGGAGGCUGAAGACUUCCCCACCAGUGACAACUACUCUGACGGUCCCUCCACACCUUGCACCCCCUCCAUGAUGAACUCUGACCUUUCCCAAAUGUCUCCUGAUAGCAAGCUCCAACGUUCCAUGGACCGGAAUGGGGUAGGCGGGGUAGGGGGAGGGAGCCUCAAGAAGGGGCGUGUGUACUGCAGCGCGUGUGACAAGACCUUCUACGACAAGGGCACUCUGAAGAUCCACUACAACGCCGUGCACCUGAAGAUAAAGCACAAGUGCACCAUUGACGGCUGCAACAUGGUGUUCAGCUCUCUGCGCAGCCGUAAUCGGCACAGCGCCAACCCAAACCCGCGCCUGCACAUGCCCAUGAACCGCAACAAUCGUGACAAGGACCUGCGUGGCGGCGGAAGCCUUUCGGCCGAUGAGGGCUCUGAAGCGGGUGACAGACCGCGGUCUGAGUACCCCCACUCGUCCAUCCCGGUGUCUCUGGCCUCGUCCCCCGACAGCCACAAGUCGAUCACCAGCUAUAUGGUGAGCCAUGUGGACUCCACUACCAGCAGCACAAAGCUCCACCACAGCAACUCCUUUCCCAGCAUGGGACACCAGGGCCACGGCAUCCUCUUCCCCAAUCUCAAGACGGUACAGCCUGUUUUGCCGUUUUACCGGAGCCUGGUGACUCCUGCCGAGCUUGCCAACACACCUGGCCAACACCUCCCCUCACUUCCCCUGCUUUCAUCCUCAGUGCCCCUCAAACCCACCUCCACCACUGCCCAAGACCCCUGCAGCGCCACUGUCGACCCCGUACCCAAGAAAAAGUCGCGGAAGUCGAGUAUGCCCAUCAAGAUUGAGAAAGAGGCAGUAGAAAGGGAGGGAAGAAUGGGGCAGGAGAGUGGCUCAGAGGAUGAAAGCCCUUUACAGGGAAGGGAAAGGGAGGACUGUGAGAGAGGGGAAGGAGGAGGUAGUUAUGUGUGCGUGAGACAGGCUGGGGGAGAGAGGGAGAGAGGAAUCUUUCUAGCCAGGGACCGAGAAGAGAGGGAAGGGGUGAAGCGUCCAAGGUCCCGUAGCACAGAGAGAGAGAUGUGUGCAGCCAGGGAACGAGAAAAGGACAAAGAUGAAAAAGAGAGGUCCCGGCAGGCGGAGAUGGGUGUGAUCACCUGUGCCUCAUCGCCCUGUGAUGGCAAACUUCACCACCGAGAGAACCAGACCCUCCCUCUGAGCCGGGAGCAUUCAGAGACAGACGGAGAAGAGGUCGACCAACUCAACUCUCAGCACCCGGACAAGCCGUGCGACUCUGAGUGUGACGACACCAAUCACCGACUGACCAACGGCGCUUUCUUCAGACUCUCCGACAGAGAGGACAGACCGGAGGGCUGUACUGAAGACUACACCGACUCCAGCUUUCUGCAGUCUCGUAAGGAACCCGAGGAGGGGCCACUGGACAGGAGCGAGGUUCCGCACCACUGCGAGAUCUGCGGCAAAACGUUCAAAAACCCGUUCAGCGUGAAGAUGCAUUACCGCAACGUGCACCUGAAGGAGAUGCACAUGUGCACAGUGGCCGGCUGCAACGCCGCCUUCCCCUCCCGCAGGAGCAGAGAUAGGCACAGCUCUAACCACAACCUUCACCACAAGCUGUUAACCAAAGACCCGUAUGGUCCAUCACCCAGCUCCCUCUGCAGAGACAAGGACCCAGGAACCCUGGACUACCGCCAGGACCUCAGGGACCUCCAGAGGGACCCAGGCAGCCAGACCUCUGUCAUCUUCCGAGGACACAACCGGAUGGGCCUGGUGUUCCCCAUGAGCAAGAUGUCUGAUGAGGGAACAGGGGAGAAUGAGGAGCUGGAAGGAGGAAGAGAGGUUGAGGAGGGGGCUGUUCUGGACCUAAGUACGUCAUCGUCCGCACUUCCUCGUGGGGGUGGCAGCGCCCGCUCCUCCUGGGAUUCAGAUGGGGCAGUCAGUGAGGAAGGGGAGGGCCUAGAGGAGGGGUCUCUGCCAAUGGAGGAGGACAGUGAUGGGGAGAGCUGCGACGGGAUUGGUCUAAGAGGCCCAAGUUGGGAUGGGUUAGGUUUGGGUGGGGAAAGGACCCUGGGCUGUGUGGGAGGACAGGGGGGGCCACAGGGGGGUGGAGGUGGCUCACCCAUCACGUGCCAUGUGUGCCAGAAGGUCUAUAGCAACAAGGGGACAUUCAGGGCCCACUACAAGACUGUCCACCUGCGCCUGCUUCACAAGUGCAAAGUCCCAGGAUGUGACACUACAUUUUCGUCUGUGCGGAGCCGCAACAGGCACAGCCAGAACCCAAACCUGCACCGCAACCUGACUGUCAGCGGCAGCACCGCUCACGACCAGGAGUAGGAACACUGAGCUUCAGGUCACACAGACCCUGAAUCAUUCUUACUGUAUUCUUUUGUCUUUGUUCAUUUGACAUGAAAACAGGCUUGCUAGCUAGCACUUUUUGAAUAAAUCCAUACCGUUGUUGUUCCCAACCCUGAUGAAAUCGAGGAGGGGACUAUGUAUCGGUCUCUGUCUGUACGUACAAGCUUGAAACGUCACAUCUAUAGACUAAGGUCUAGCAACGCAAUCUUUUUUGAAAUUAGUACCUUAAAAUGACCAAUAAAGCCUUCACGAUGGCUUGGGCUGCCAUAUCAAUCAGUCAAGGAUAUUCGUAUUGUAACAAAAUUUGGUAUACACUUCGCAGACAUUCUUAACAUGUGAGAGUAUUCAUCAAAUCGCUGCGCUAUAAUCGCCGCAGGUUUAUAUCUCUUGACCUGUUUGGACAUGCUCAGGGAUAUAAAAAAAACAAAAAAAAACACAGGCGAUAUCUAUGACCACUGGCACAAUUUUCAAUCAACUUGGGUGGGUGAUGCGUCUUGUCAUUGAGAUCCAGCAUUUACAAAAUGUAUUUGAUUGGCCCAAGAAUGAGAGAUCAUUUGUGGGGUACAAUAUGUUUGAUGUUGUCUUGUUUUGGGGGAAAUGGGAAUUUAUGGGAUGUCGUAAGCUAGGGAUUGUGAAUUCCAGAUACAUCUCUGUUAUGGGGGAUCAGAUUUGUUUGUUAGGCAAAUGGUACCGGACAGUUUAUCUCCCUGUAUGUCAAGUAGAUUUCUACAAAUAUGUCAAGUCAGGCGACUUACAUUUGUUCUCUUAUUCACAAGAAGACUUCCUGAUCCCAUUCCCAUUUUUAUUUAAUACUUACACUGCAGUAAUUUUAGGCUCAUUUGGAUUCCAUUCCCCAGGCUAAAAACUGGCAUAUUCUGUAUUCUUUUUACACAAUAUCUAUUGAUGGUACAUGAAAAAACUGGACACAAAAUGAAUGCAUUUAAAUUGCCUAUCUUGCCUAUUUUUUGUCUUGAUUUGAAUUUAAAAAAUCAUGUAUCAUCCUCAAAACGUUGUGCAUCUCACCCUCUAACUUAUUUCAAUGUACUAAUUAUUGUUGCUUUGCCAUACAUUCUAGUAUAAUUCACUCAAGUCCAGUUCUGAAUCAUCGGCAAAUUUCUAAAUCACAUACUGUUCAAGUAUCACUUCUCUCCAGUCCUAAACUGUAACAAGUGAAAUAUUUUUGGUGUGAUUCUUGUUAAUUAUUGUCGACUUGAUGUCCAUUUUUCCCUGUGAGUUAACACAUUGUUUCAAUCAAAAGCGUUGGUGACAUUCCAGAUGUGUGGCGUAUGUGUUUUUUGAUUGUGGUCUGUAAAGAUCUUUAAGAGAAACGUUUUAAGUGCUGUGAACUUGAUCAAUAUAAGUUAUUGUUUGAUGUUGUAUGUGUGAUUCUGUUCCACUUCUAUUGUUGCUGUUUUUAGAUGUUGCAUUAUGCUAACAUGCUAACGUUGACCAAAGAUUUCUCAGUCCCAAGGUGUGCACGAAUUGAUCCCUCAUACAGAUAGUUAUCCUAACUGGGACAGCUUCAAUCUUGUGCCGAGAUUGAGGGUGUCCUAAUACGUACACUGUACAUGAGGUUUGCAGUAUUAAAACCACCUUCUCUUGACUCUCGUAUCAGAAAACACACCACAGAAAUAAACAGUAUUCAGACUUGGGCUCUGCUAAAAAGCUAUAAUAACUCUUGGAAGGAAAAAGAUUACCGGAAUAACUUUUAUAUACUAUUUUCAUGGUCUUUUUUCUAAGCAAAUCUGCUCAAAUUUGAGGACUUGUGCACUAGAGUGGUUGAGGGUAUCAUUCUACAAGCAGACAGGCAUUCAUCGUCUCCAAGUGUUGGAUCAAAUUAUAUUGUACUGUGAACUGAGUCAAACACUGAGAAAAUGUAAAACAGAGAGGUACAGUAAGUAUCCAGGGCCCAAUGUCCAUGCACACCCUUCAAACAUAUGGUACCUAAAUAAUUAUUGAAUUGUAUAUUUUGUGAAUAACCAUUUGUAAUCUAAUAAAAAACCCAAAACGUAUACUGUAUAAAAUAUGCUAAUUUUACUGGACACGUCCUGUAUCCUAAUAUAUGAUUUAGGUGAGGGAAGAGUACAGUCCUUGGAUUACUUCACAAACGUUGUUUUGGCCUAGGUAUAUAUAUUUUACCUUAUGUAUUUAACUACAUUGAGCUAGAUAAAUGAUCGAUUUAUUUGUGAAGUUGUAUGGAUUCGUAAAAGGAAACCAACAUGUUAAUGUUUUUCAUUUAAUGUUACAAUAUUCAUUCCUACUUAAUAAA